CAUCAAGCCACUCCCGGAUUUACGGGGACCCUUGAUUGACCAUCCGAUUUGGAUCUCAUGCAACACCAUAUCCUGCCCCUUCGAUAUAACAUAAAUAUCCCCCACUUGGAGAAUAUCUCAACGCCCACCAUGUCAUCUCCGAUAGAAGACUCGGAUCUGGUUUCCUCCCCAGUAAAAUCAGAACAAGAUGCGGCGCCUAGGACACCCGCCAACAAAAUCCAGAGCUACGACUCGGAAGAGGUCCGCGAGGCGGCGUUGCGGCGUGAGCUUGAAGGAGUGCGCAACAUAAACGAGGUGAUUGAAGGGGUAAUCAGUACUUUAAACAAGGCCAAGGGCAACAUGAAUACGGUUUCACGAACCGUUGAUAACGCCUCGGCCCUUCUAAACACUUGGACCCGCAUCCUAUCGCAGACCGAGCACAACCAAAGGCUCAUCCUCAACCCGGAUUGGAAAGGCACUACUGACGACCUGCAAGCAAUUGAGGCAGAGGCUCUCCAGCGGCAGAUGGCUGCUCAGCGGAGGGCUGCCGAGGAUGAGCGCAGGCGAGAAGAGGCUCGGCGACGUGCCGAAGAGGCUGAGCGCCAGAAAGAAACCGCGUCGGCCUCAACCACUUCAAGGGGAGGCCUUCGGGGAACUAGAGGAAUGGUUUCCCGGGGCAUUGGACGUGGAGGAGUUGCAGGCAGCAGCAGUAGCAGUACCUCCAGCGUAUAUAGCUCCAGAGGAACCUCUGGUAUAGGCAGGGGAAUCGGCGGUACGAGAGGCACAGGCACUCGCGGAAGCACAACGAGGGGACGGGGCGUGCGAUGAAUUGACAGAAAAAAUUUAUUCUCAUCCAGCAUGAUCGAUAUAUACCCAAUCGACCCAUCCGUUGCUGACCCUGUAACCAUUUACUAUACAAGUGAUGACCAAUGCACAAAAACCCCUUAUUAUAUCCAGUUCAACGCAACACCGAGAACGCCAAGAUACCCAACCCAAGCUAGCCAAUUGUGUCCAUGGACGUCGUUUCGAACUUUGACAUCUGAUGUCUUGCCAAUAUCCAUUAUUUUUUCUUGAAGAACUCGCUCAGCUUCUUCAUGCCACUGACAUUGACCUUCUUCAACUGCUUGACUCCCCUACUCUCGUUCGCCUUCUUGCGCUUGUCCUCCUCUUCCAUCUUUCUUCUCUUCUCGUUACGCUCCUCCUGCUCCUCAUCCAGAGCGCGCUUUCGCGAAAAGUCCGAGGCAGACCUGGUAAGUAAAGCCUCUUGUCGAAGCUUUGUGAGACGAGCAAGGUAAUCGUCCAGGGGCUUGAAGUCGACAAAUUGAGAAAAAGUGCCGGAUUUUGCCGAGAGCAGGUCUUUGAUUACAGUUGUGAUUGUCGGAGGGAGGUAGCUAGAGCAUACAAAGUUGAAAGCCACCCUCAGCUCUUGCAAUUUGAUCACCUUCUCAGACGCCUCGAUGGCAGCGACCACCUGUUCGGGAGCAGCAGAAGCAUCCGCAUCAUCUC